AUGGCUCAACAGUUUCGCGCUGGAGGCCGCAGCAAUCGUUCUGGCCGCUCCCAAGCAGAUCAUGAUGUCUUCGAAGGUCUGCCUGUUCGUCAAUGGUCCCAGUCUGAGACCAUAGUUGGCCUUCCACCCCCGACAGAGGUCACUCAGGGUGGUGACAAUGCAUGGCCUGAACUUCCCAUGCCACGUGACUCAAAUCAGCUUGCUCCAUGGACACAACAAUUGCUGCGUGAAGCAAGAAGACCAAGACUUGCAAAGCGUCCACAGGAACCCACUGAAGACGAUAAGCAGGAAGAAGACGAAGAGGGCGAAACUGUUCAAACUGGUUGGCAAUCCAAGAAGUGGAGCCAAGUGCCAUCUCAUCUCGAAAAGCCCGAGCGCGAGUUCCUUGCUAAGCGUCGCAAAGGUCUUCCUAGUCUGCAUACUCAGAUAGCACUGCAAGCAGCAAAUGCCGCGGCAUCGUCUGUACCUACAAGGAAGGCCAAGGUUAUGAAAUCAGAUGCAGAGGGCAACACUACAGUCUACGAAGUUCUGGUUCCCGAGGGUCAAACUGUCGAAGGCGAAGUCACAGAGGAUACUGUUAUGGCUGAUGCUGCGCCAGUACAGGCAGCUCCUGGAACUGUCAUCGAAGGCGUCGGCAUCGCUAAUGCUGAAGGUGUCAUUGUUGCAACCGAUCUACUUCAACAACAACAGCAACCGAUGAGACGUAAACCAAUUCCUCCACGUAGAAUCAGAAAGGGUGGACCUGGCCGCGGCAAGAAGAAGGUCAUGUUCAAUCCAAACGAGGGCCAUAACGCUGCAGCAACCUCGACUCCUGGAGGCGGAGCCAGUGUCGCUACACCCUCGACUCUCAAUGCAAAUGCUGAUGACUCUGCAAUGGACAUCGAUUCCACUCCGAAGCUCGAUGCCAACGACGAAGGAGAUGAAGAAGAUGGCGAGGAAGGUGAAGAAGGUGAUGAGGAUGACGAUCGCGAGGACGGUGAACUUAGCGAAGGAGAGGAGCCUCAAGAAGAGGAAUCUCUUGCCAAACCUGAGGCCACAGAACCUGUACCGACAGAACUCGCACCAACAGGACCCGUACCAACAGAACCCGCACCAACAGAAUCGCAAGCAGAGGAGCCGCUCCCGGCAGCCACAAACCAAACAGAGGAGACUCCUGCACCUGUCACGCAAGAAGCAGAAGAGACUCCUGUGCCAGCUAUGGAGACUACGCAAGAGCCGUCGACGGCAGUCUUUGCGGAAGAAGUCACUGAGAAGCCCGAGGUACCAGCUACGGGAGAAGUCACACAAGAAGCUCAACAGGUCGAGGAGGCUGAAGUACCAGAGCCAGUCCAGGAGCCCAGCGACAAGGAACUGGCCAUUGACACGACAGCAGGAUCAGAAAAGUCCGAAGAAGACACGACCAUGAAAGAAGCACCCGAGAAAGAAAACGAAACAGAGGAGCCCUAG